AUGAGGUGGCCUUCCAAGAAAUCAUCCACCAGGUCGUCGACUCCCACCAGGCCGUCGACUCUGUCUACCGUUUCUUCGCUGUCGUCUACCGUCGACUCCACAUCGACGUUUUCGCCCUCCAUCACCUCGGCGCCUCUGACUCCCAAGAAGCAGGGCACGGAGAUCACCACCCACUUCAAUGGCCAUUAUGUUUCAUCUGGCGCCGGUCUGAUGCUUCGAACCCCCCCAACCUCUGGUCAGGCAAUGCGCCUCCCUCCUCCAACACAAGUGCGCAAAGCAACGCGAGUCUCAGGCGCCGUCGCCGAUGCCAAUGCGGACCCCUUCGUUGGAGGCCGUGGCGCAGAAAUCGUCAUCAAGACGAAGCACACCGUCAAGCUCCAUCUGCCCACCGCCUCACCUGCCCCAACAUUUGCCCCCAGGGACGCUCGCAGGGCUGAACCUUCGAAAGCCCCAGAGGUGAUGAAGGCCAAAGGUCCGGGCAGCAACGCAGUGGAUAACGAUCGCGCGAGGGCCAGCACGGAUUUCCAGCCCAUCUAUUACAUUCCGCACCCCAACGAAUUUGUGGGAAGAGAGUCCGAAUUUCCUAACGCCGUCUACGUGAUUACCAAAGGCGAGGAGGUUGGACUGUUUGCGGCUUGGCAUGACGCCGCCAUUCGGGUACAAAAGCUUCCUGCUAAAAAUGGACGCAUUCAAUCUAUUCUACAAAAGUUCUCCGAUUUCAAAGCCGCCUUAGACGUCUACAGGCACGCGUAUACUACCGGAACCCUGGAGGCUAUCCCCAUUCCGGGGGGCCCUUUCGACGUUCCUAUCAACCAGUUUUUUGAAGACCAGCCCAAUUCCAGCGGCGAAUGGGAGUCUGGAUCGGCCGACGGAGACGAACAAGACGACGCAUGGGUGUUUGCUGAUUCUGAUGAAGAGAUCCUCGUUCGCGCAAGCCGUCUACACAUUUGGCUGUGCUCUGUCUUUUGA